AUGACACGCUAUCAAAAAACAAUCGAACAAUUUGAAACAUUAUUUAAAUGUGAUAUAAUUGAUCUCAAAAAACUUAAAAUUCUUGCAUUUAAUGGUUGUCCAACGGAUAAUGGUAUUCGUAGUUUAACAUGGAAGAUUCUAUUGAAUUAUCUUCUACUUGAUCAAACAAAAUGGUCAUCACAUCUAUCUAAACAACGAGAUUUAUAUCGUGGUUAUAUUCGAGAAACUAUCAUACAACCAGGUCUUGCAUCAUCACCUCAAUCAAAUAUUGUUGAUCAUCCUUUAAAUUCUGCACCAAAUAGUUCCUGGGCAGUUUAUUUCAAAGAGAAUGAAAUAUUACUACAAAUUGAUAAAGAUGUUCGACGUCUUUGUCCAGAUUUAUCAUUUUUCCAACGUCAAACAGAUUAUCCAUGUGCUGAAAUAAUGAAUCAAGAAGUUGGUUUUGAAAGUUUACGUAAACGUAUUGUAUCAACAUCACUUAAAGUUGAAUCCCAUUCUCAAUCACGUUUAACUGGUCGAUUAGAAUUUCAAUCAAAUAAUUCUUUACAACAAAGUAUAAGAAAUGAUAAUAGCGAAUAUGAAGUAUUAGAUAACGGAUGUGAAGCACAUUGGGAAGUUGUUGAAAGAAUUUUAUUUGUUUAUUCAAAACUUAAUUCUGGACAAGGUUAUACACAAGGCAUGAAUGAAAUUAUUGGACCAAUUUAUUAUACUUUUGCUACAGAUCCAAAUAUAGAAUGGAGAGAACAUGCUGAAGCAGAUACAUUUUAUUGUUUUACAAGUUUAAUGACACAUCUUCGAGAUAAUUUUAUGAAAAUUUAUGAUAAUUCAGAAUUUGGUAUACUUGGACGUAUGCAAAAUUUUUUAUCAUUAUUAAAAAAAAUUGAUAAUGAAGUCUAUGAAUUAUUGGAUAAACAAAAAUUAAAACCAGAAUUUUAUGCAUUUCGUUGGUUAACAUUAUUACUUUCACAAGAAUUUCAUUUACCAGAUGUUUUACGUAUAUGGGAUUCAUUCUUUGCUGAUCAAGAUCAAAAUUUUCAAUUUUUACUCUAUUUUUGUUGUGCUAUGGUUACUCUUCAACGAGAUCAAAUUUUAAAUGGAGAUUAUUCACAAAAUAUUAAAUUAUUACAACAUUAUCCACCAGAUACUGACAUCCACAAAAUUAUAGAAAAAGCAGCUGAACUUAAACGUAUUCAUUAUAUAUGA